UCCUGGCUCCUUCUUUCGCGACAAGAUGGCCACACCGGCAGUAGCAGCAAGUGAUCCUCCCGCCACUCCCGCCCCAGCCUCGGCGGCGGCCCCAGUCUCAGCCCCAGCCUCAGCCCCGGCACUAGCGCCAACGCCAGCUCCAGCGCCAGCUGCGGCUCCGGCCUCAUCUUCAGACCCGGCAGCAGCAGCGGCUACGAAUGCAGCUGCGGGCCAGACCCCGGCCUCAGCGCAAGCCCCGGCGCAGACGCCGGCGCCCUCACUGACUGGUCCCGCUCUCCCAGGGCCUUUCCCUGGCGGCCGCGUGGUCAGGCUGCACCCAGUCAUUUUGGCCUCCAUCGUGGACAGCUACGAGCGACGAAACGAGGGAGCUGCCCGUGUUAUCGGGACCCUGCUAGGAACUGUUGACAAGCACUCAGUGGAGGUCACCAAUUGCUUUUCAGUGCCGCACAAUGAGUCGGAAGAUGAAGUGGCUGUUGACAUGGAAUUUGCUAAGAACAUGUAUGAACUGCACAAAAAAGUCUCUCCAAAUGAGCUCAUCCUGGGCUGGUACGCUACAGGCCACGAUAUCACAGAGCACUCUGUGCUGAUCCAUGAGUACUACAGCCGGGAGGCCCCCAACCCCAUUCACCUCACUGUGGACACAAGUCUCCAGAACGGCCGCAUGAGCAUCAAAGCCUAUGUCAGCACUUUAAUGGGUGUCCCUGGGAGGACCAUGGGAGUGAUGUUCACACCUCUGACAGUGAAAUACGCAUAUUAUGACACAGAACGUAUCGGAGUUGACCUGAUCAUGAAGACCUGUUUUAGCCCCAACCGAGUGAUCGGACUCUCGAGUGACUUGCAGCAAGUAGGAGGGGCAUCAGCUCGCAUCCAGGAUGCCUUAAGCACAGUGUUGCAGUAUGCAGAGGACGUGCUGUCUGGAAAGGUGUCAGCUGACAAUACUGUGGGUCGCUUCUUGAUGAGCCUGGUUAACCAAGUACCCAAAAUAGCUCCUGACGACUUCGAGACCAUGCUCAACAGCAACAUCAAUGACCUGCUGAUGGUGACCUACCUGGCCAAUCUCACACAGUCACAGAUUGCCCUCAAUGAGAAACUUGUGAACCUGUGAAUAGGCCCCAAGCAGAACUCCUGCCAGUCUGGGUCUAACCCUAGGACUUAGUAUGAAGUGAAGGCGAAAUGGUUUCUUUGUGGUCUUGAGUCACACUGAGUCAGCCAACUGCUUGUGACUCUAAUAAACAUGGCCUACCUUUUGUAAAU